AUGAUGAAAGACUUCAGGCCCAUAGCAUGCUGCAAUCUGUUGUACAAGGUAAUCUCGAAGGUGUUAGCUAACAUGCUCAAGCUCAUAUUUCCAGGAGGUAUAGAGGCGAAUCAGAGUGCAUUCAUAAAAGAAAGGCUGCUGUUGGAAAAUGUUCUCUUGGCAUCUGAGCUGAUAAAUGGCUAUCACAAGGCCUCCUGCUCAGCAAGAUGUGCAAUCAAAGGCUUCUUCACGAGCGCCAGAGGAAUAAGGCAGGGAUGCUCGGUUUUAGUAAAUGGAAGUCUUGAAGGCUUCUUCACGAGCGCCAGAGGAAUAAGGGAGCUUGUACCCGAAGAGGGGAAGUUUGCUUAUCAUCCUCAGUGCCAAGGAGUCAAGCUCACUCAUUUGAGUUUCGCAGACGACAUCCUGGUUUUUAUUGAUGGCACCUCAGAAUCUUUAAACGGGAUUAUGGAGGUUCUGAAAGAAUUUGCAGAGAUAUAUGGACUUCAUAUAAAUGAAGCAAAGUCCCAAAUAUAUGUAGCAGGAAGUAACCAUAUGUUAAUGAUUACUGAAGCGGAGGCAUUGGGAAUUGGAGUUGGAAACCUACCUAUUCGAUACUUAGGUAUGCCAUUAAGCACAAAAUCUUUAACAACUCAUGACUAUGAGCCUUUGAUAGAUAAGAUCAGAAGGAAGAUGCUCUGCUGGUCGAACAAGAGCCUGUCCUUCGCUGAGCGAUUCCAAUUGAUUCAGUCGGUUAUUGUGAGCAUGAUGAAUUUUCGGAGCUCUGCUUUUAUACUCCCUGAUAACUGUCUGGACACAAUAGAAAGCAUGUGCAGUGCCUUUCUUUGGUCAGGAUCGCCUAUGCAAACUCUGAAAGCAAAGGUGAGCUGGGAAGAUUUAUGUUACCCUAAGGAGGAGAGAGGGCUUGGGUUGAGGACGCUUAGAGAUACAUCUAAGGUUUAUGCUUUAGGCUUAUAUGGCGUAUUUUCACUCAACCAACUUCACUGUGGGUUUGUUGGAUCAAGCGCUACUUGCUUAGACAGAGUUCCUUUUGGGAUGUAA